AUACGAACGGUCGUGGUGUGGAGGCAUUUAUGAAUAUUCGUCGCUACGUCGUCACCCAGAAACAGUACCUAUACGUAGCUGACACAUUGCGCCGGUGCAUAAAACUUGGCAUUGUGUGUGUAAGAAGAUAAGUCACGUCGUCUGAUAAUCGGCUUUUCUACGUAGGUGUGCGUACAUAUGUUAGUGUGGGAGCGCAAGCGCCGUUCAGUCGUACAGACUCGUAUAUGCUUACCAGUAGUUUGCGAGCCUUCGCGAUGUCCGCGAUGAGGAAGCCCCAGGUAUUGUUUAUCCUUGGUGGUCCAGGUGCCGGCAAAGGUACUGUCUGCAAACAAAUCGUCGACAAGUAUGGCUAUGUACAUCUGUCGGCUGGUGAUCUAUUGAGAGAAGAACGCGCCAAACCUGGUUCGCAAUUUGGCGAGCUCAUCGAACACCACAUUGUUAAUGGUACAAUCGUACCUGUCGAGAUCACCUGUAGCUUACUCGAACGUGCCAUGGCUACAUCGGAUACGCCUCAUAAUAAAUUCCUCAUCGAUGGAUUCCCUAGGAAUCAAGAUAAUCUUGAUGGAUGGACUAGGGAAAUGUCAGACAAAGUAGAAGUCGAUGGUAUUCUCUUCUUUGAUUGCAGCGAACAAACUUGUACAAAACGUUGUCUCAACAGAGGUGCCAAGGGAAGUGGACGAAGUGAUGACAAUGAGGAAGUACUUAAAAAGAGACAUCAAACUUACCUGUCCGGCACAAUGCCUAUAAUUGAACAUUACAAGAAGUUAGGACUUGUUUAUAGUUUUAAUGGCGAGGAAACACCUGAUGCAGUAUUUGAAAAAGUCAAGAAAACUUUACAGAAAUUAGGAUGGUAACCUACCCAUAUCUUGAUUGUAUUCUUUUUCACACAAAGUUUAGAGAAUUAUGAAAAUAGUACAGCAGUAAUUAUUUUUAUUGAGCAUUAUUUUUUUUACCAUUUUAUUCACUACUAUUUAUUUAGAAUCAAGUGCAAUGUAUUUUUUACACUACAUUUUUUUAAAUAUUUCUGGCACGAUUUAGAUGAACAGAGUUUGAACAUUCCUUGUACUGCAUUAGGCCAGUUGCAAGUACAAUUGAUAUCAUGAUAGUAGUUUCAAAUCAUUGUAAAUGGUUUAUUUAUUCCAUAUAUUUUUGCACUACCUAAAACUUUCUAAUGUCAACAAUGUAUGUAUGUACAUAAGUAAAAAAAAGCAGAAUAAAUCAAAUUGUAAAUUGAAUAAAAGAUUCAGUUUACCGAAUGUAUUAUUCUAUAUACAGUAGACUUAAACAGUUAAAGUGUGUUGAUAACAAUAAAAUGUAUUACUUG